CCACCACCACCACUCCCACCUCAUCAACAUUUCUCAAAGCCUUCUCUCUCUCUCUCUCUCUCUCUCUCUCUUCCUCUCUUCCUCUAAAACUCUGAAAAAACAAAUUAACCAAUCUCUUUUAUAUCCAAAUGGCUGUUGACUCUGCAAUAUCGUCGCCGCUUGGGCCUCCGGCCUGCGAGAAGGACGCGAAGGCACUCCAGUUCAUCGAGGAAACGACGAGAAACGCCGACGCGGUGCAAGAGAGGGUGUUGGCCGAGAUCCUGAGCCGAAACGCCGAGACCGAGUACCUCAAGCGAUUCAAACUCCACGGCGCCACCGACCGCGACACCUUCAAAUCAGUAAUCCCCAUGAUUACCUACGAGGAUCUUCAGCCCGAAAUCCAGCGUAUCGCCAAUGGGGACCGCUCUCCCAUCCUCUCCGCCCACCCCAUUUCUGAGUUCCUCACUAGCUCUGGGACUUCAGCUGGGGAAAGAAAACUCAUGCCCACCAUUCAGGAAGAGCUGGAUCGUCGCCAGCUGCUAUACAGCCUUCUCAUGCCAGUGAUGAACCUUUAUGUGCCGGGUUUGGACAAGGGCAAGGGGCUAUACUUUCUGUUUGUGAAGGCGGAGUCGAAGACACCGGGUGGGCUCUUGGCCCGCCCGGUGCUCACCAGCUACUACAAGAGUGACCACUUCAAGACCCGACCCUACGACCCGUACAACGUCCAGACGAGCCCCAACGAGGCCAUCCUCUGCGCCGACUCUUUCCAGAGCAUGUACUCCCAGAUGCUCUGCGGCCUCGUCGAGCGCCACCAGGUCCUCCGCCUCGGUGCCGUGUUUGCCUCCGGCCUCCUUCGGGCCAUCCGGUUCCUCCAGCUCAACUGGACCCAGCUCGCCCACGACAUCCGAACCGGAACUGUCAACCCGAAAAUCACCGACCCGGGAAUCAAAGACUGCUUGGCCCGGAUCCUCAAACCCCAACCCGAAUUGGCCGAUUUCAUUGCCAAAGAAUGCUCCGAGGACAACUGGGAGGGGAUUAUAACCCGAAUUUGGCCCAACACGAAGUACUUGGACGUUAUUGUGACGGGUGCUAUGGCUCAAUAUAUACCGACGCUUGAUCACUAUAGCGGCGGAUUGCCACUCGCCUGUACAAUGUACGCCUCGUCGGAGUGCUAUUUCGGACUCAAUCUCAACCCAAUGUGCAAGCCCUCCGAGGUCUCGUACACCAUAAUGCCAAACAUGGCCUAUUUCGAGUUUCUACCCCACGAGCCGAACUCGGCCUGCUCGACCCGCGGCUCGGCCCCCAAACUCGUCGACCUCGUCGACGUGGAGGUCGGGAAAGAGUACGAGCUGGUGAUCACCACCUACGCAGGGCUGUACCGGUACCGAGUCGGCGACAUUCUCCGAGUCACCGGGUUCCACAACUCGGCCCCGCAGUUCCACUUCGUGAGGAGAAAGAACGUGUUGCUCAGCAUUGACUCGGACAAGACCGACGAGGCCGAGUUGCAAAAGGCCAUGGAGAAUGCGUCCGAAAUCCUCCGAAACUUCAACACCAGCGUGGUGGAGUACACGAGCUACGCCGACACGACGACGAUUCCGGGUCACUACGUCAUAUACUGGGAGCUCCUAGUGAAAGACCCCGCCAACUCGCCGAGUCACGAGGUGCUGAACCGGUGCUGUUUGGCGAUGGAGGAAACUCUCAACUCGGUGUACCGACAAGGCCGAGUCGCGGACAACUCGAUUGGGCCGUUGGAGAUUCGCGUGGUCAAAAACGGUACGUUUGAGGAGCUGAUGGACUACGCGAUCUCAAGAGGCGCGUCCAUCAACCAGUAUAAGGUGCCGCGGUGCGUGAAUUUUACUCCCAUCAUGGAGCUUUUGGACUCCAGGGUGGUGUCGGCGCAUUUUAGCCCAGCUUUGCCACGUUGGACCCCUGAGAGGAGACGGUGAUGAGUCACCGACCCAGCUUGGAAGUCAAUAGUCUUGGUCGUAUAGAGAGAUUAUUCUCUUUGUAUUUCUUUAAUUAGUUCUUUUUUUUCUUCUUGUGAGUAGGUUUUGUGGAAAGUCUGAAACAAGUGUAUGUGGUUGAUUAGGACAUGUCAGUGUCAGGUUUUGUAUUUUGGUUCAUUUAACCCGUGGAAAUUAAAGGAUGUAACAUUUCAA